GGUUCCCUCGGGCGGAGCGGCCGGAAGGGUGCGGCGUCCCCGGCGGUCGAGGGACAGCACCUUGGCGACGGUUGAGGGUCCCCUGGGUUGUUGGCCACCAAGCCUUGUAUGGCUUCCUUACUCCUUGCGUCUUUCAGUCGGAUCUGAGGGAUGAGCUGGGACCGACUUAGACUCUUUCUUCUUUGAGAAAUGGCCGUCGCUUUUUUUCUCAUUGUCAUUAUUAUUUAUGAUUUGGAUCUCGCAGCACUCUAUCCGGGUCCUCGGUAGCGCGCGAGGGUUGCCGGGAUAGCACUUUCUCGUGGCCCCCCUUCCUCCCUCCACUUUCUUCACCUCCCCCCGGGUACCCUUUUCCCCUGCCCCCCACUGCCGCUUCGGCAACAAAGCUCAUUGUUUCUCCCCAGUUUACGCCUGCGCGUCGCCACGCGCAGCCCAUACUUGCUGCGCGUGCGCGCUCCUCCCGUUGCCGGGGUUGGGGAAGAGAGGGGCGGAGGGACUGGCGGGCUGGCGAGCGUCCGAGGGGAGCUUUCUACAACCGUCCACUGGCCAGUACCUUUCGGAUCCGCUUUCUCCCGUUUCUUCACCUUUCCUUACUCCUUAUUGUUAUAUUGUUUCCCAUGCUCCUGAUAGAAGGGCUGGAAUCCGUGCUCCGGGAGUAUUGGAAACCAGAUGAACUUCAACGGCCCGUCUAAUCACAUUCUUGGAUUCCGGUCCUCCUUUUUAAUUUCUCUUCCACUAUACGCUUACCCCCACUGCCACUAAAAUUAUAUGGCUUGCGGUGAAGUUUGUUUUUUCAAAACAUUUGUUGAAGCAGCCGGCAGUGGUAUUUUCUGGUGACUCAAAAAGAGGCCUUUUCUGCUUCCUUUUGUUGUCUUGCACUCCCUGAUUUUGCAGCCCCAUCACCUCAUGGAAACCACAAACUCUAGAAAGAAUUUGGCUUUCAGUUUGCCGUGGGAAAAAGUCUGAUAACAGCUGACAGCUUUUGACGUUACAACAGAAGACAAAUUCCCAUUUUCGUGCGCUGGCCAAUCUUGUAGUCUCGUGGCAUGGUUUUUCACAAAUUGCAGUUGAGCAGGUCUUUAGGUCCAUUGGUGCAGCAAAUUUCAAGGCUAAGAGAGGAAGACUGCUUCUGAUCCCUGUAGGAAGAGGAAGCAGGAAAAGAAAUCUCAACAUGGAAAAGGUCUCCCAGGAAAGCAUAGGAGAAAAGCAGGCUGCAGUGCAGAAUGCAGAAGAAGCCCAUCCUUUGGGAGGUGGUGAAGGCCAGGAGCCUGGAGGAAAUAUUAGAACAGGUUGGGCCUCACCUGCCCAUGAUGUUAGACAGGAUAUGCCCAAUAGGCUUGUUAGUAACCUUGAUAUGAUAGAUGGAGUUGCUGAUGAUAUGGAACGGUUCAUGGAGGAGAUGAGAGAGAUAAGGAGGAAAAUUAGGGAGCUUCAUUUGAGGUGCAGUUUGCACAUUCUUAUAGGACAUCCCCCUCAUGCUGACCAUCGUGAUGAGUUUUAUCUUAUGCCUUGAAUGCUGAGGUUAAUAUUAAUAAUAAAACCUCCUGCUUCCCAAAGUAACGUUUUCUUGAUGUACCCUUUGCUGUGAAUCUGGUGUUCUGUCAUACUUCUUUCUUUCUUUCUUCUUUUUUUUUUUUUUUAAUUU